UAUGAGAGACAAUGGAUGGGAUUCUCUUCUUAGUCAAGUUGUUUCAUUUUGUGAAAAACAGGAGAUUGAUGUUCCUAACAUGGAUGAUGUUCCUUUUAUUCCAGGAAAAUCACGGCGUAGAGCUCCAAAGGUCACUAAUCUGCAUAGGUAUCGAGUUGAAUUAUUUUGUGCAGUCAUAGAUAUGCAACUUCAAGAGCUAAAUGAUCAUUUUACAGAGACUACUACCGAGCUACUUCUCUGUAUGGCAUGUCUUAAUCCAUCUAAUUCAUUCUCAGCUUUUAGCAAAGAAAAAUUGAUUCGGCUUGCUCAGUUUUAUCCUAAAGAUUUUUCUGCAGUAUCUCUCUUGGCUCUUGAAGAUGAAUUGGACACUUAUAUAUCUGAUAUGCGAAGCAGUAGUGUGUUUACACAAUUGAAAGGAAUUAGUGACCUUGGAGAAAAAAUGGUUGAGACACAGAAGGACAAGGUUUAUCCAUUAGUUUACUUGCUCAUAACAUUGACGCUAAUUCUUCCAGUUGCAACUGCCACUGUAGAAAGAGCAUUUUCUGCCAUGAAGAUCAUAAAAAGUGAUUUGCGAAACCGAAUGGGAGACAUGUGGAUGAAUAGCAGCAUGAUUACAUAUAUCGAGAAAGAAAUAUUUGAUGGUAUUGAUAAUGAAACCAUCAUGAAAAGAUUUCAAAAUAUGAGCAAUCGUCGUGGACAAUUGUAAUUGUUUUAGAGAGACUUAAUAUUUUUAAGUAUUAUAAUGAUUUAUA